AUGUCAAAACCUUACUAUUCUUCUUCACAAUCCAACAAAUGGUCAAAUCUUGAAAAUUUUCUUCAUUCUGUGGUUCCAGUGGUUCCUUCAAAUGUUCUUCCUCAGAGUCACAUAGAAGACAUUUCCAAUAUUUGGCUCUUUGAUGAUAAAGAUACUGUUGAAUACUUUAAAAUGGAAGAUCUUUGGAGAUCUUUUGAAGAAUGGAGUGCUUAUGGUGUAGGAACCCCUAUUGUGUUAGACCAUGGCAAAAGUAUUGUGCAGUACUAUGUUCCAUAUUUAUCUGCAAUACAAAUUUACACCACUAAAACUCGUACAGCGGUGAGAAAUUUAGGAGCAAAUGUCAAUGCUUCUAAGAAAGACAUUGAAUUUUUUGGAGAUGACAUCUUAGCAAAUACAAGUUUCAAGGAUGAGAAUCCCUGCCCCAGAAUUAAUCGGUUGGGUUAUCUCUAUUUUCAAUAUCAUGAUACUUCCUCCCCAUAUUGGAGGGUUCCCCUUGCAGACAAGAUAAUGGAUUUCAUGCCAAAUUAUCCAAGACUUCUAUCAUUAAGGAGUGUUGAUCUAUCUCCUGCAAGUUGGAUGUCAAUUGCCUGGUACCCUAUUUAUCACAUUCCAACUAAAUGGUAUGUAAAGGAUUUGGCAACAUGCUUUCUUACGUACCAUACAUUGUCUUCAUGUUUUCAAGAUUCUGCAAGGGAUUAUGACUAUGAUCAUCAAAAAGAUGUUAGAGCAACUCAAAUUUCUGAAGCAAUGGAAGAAAAUAAGGAGAAGUUUCAUAGCCAAAUUGUACUUCCUUCAUUUGGCCUAACUACUUACAAAAUGCAAGGAGAUCUUUGGAAGAACAAAAAUACAAGUGAUGAAAAAAAAUUAGUUGAUCUUGAAAGUGCAGCUGAUUCUUGGCUAAAACAACUUGAUUUUUACCAUCAUGACUUUAGUUUUUUUAAAAGGAAUUCUUAA